GCUUCGACCUGGCCACUGAGUCCCGGAGUGCCUGCCGCGCUCAGCUGCGACCGGGAAUGCUCCGAGACUACCUAGCAAAGAAUCCCGCAGGAAAGAGCACCACGGAGAAAGAGAGAGACCUGGCUUUGGCACGGCUUUUUGCUGGAAGCUUCAAGGCCAAGCAACCUCCCACCUUGGAAUGGGACCUGCAGGUGACACCCCUGGACGAUGCGCCACGUCGGCUGCUGCCACAUGACUUCCCUGCCGUGACGGAAUCCUGCCGCAUGGGUGGCCUCGAAGUCGUCGAGGACAAGGCAGGACUGCAAAUUGAAGGUACUCUGAGCCCCAAUGUGCUGGACCCGGACGUGACUCUCCGAG